AUGCACAUUAACGAGCAAGAUGUCCUCGGCCGCACACCUCUGAUCUGGGCAGCUUCAUCGAACAAGACCAUUAUCGCCAAGAUCCUGCUUGAGUGGAAUGCUGAUGUCUCGCUGGUGGAUAAGCAGCAGAAAUCCGCUUUACAUUGGGCGAUGAUAUCUCAGUCCUUCGAUGUGGCCAAGCUGCUUCUUGAGAACAAGGCAAACACUGAGCUGAAAGACAUCUUUGGCCGGACGCCAUUGCAUGAGGUGGCCAAGGUCGCUAACAGUGAGCACUUGAUCAACCUUUUACUCGAUCAUGGUGCGGAUAUAGAUGCGGAGGACUACGGGUUCAAGCGCACGCCCUUACAUCUGGCCGCUUACCAUGGAAGGGCUGGUAACCUCAGGGCACUAGCAGCUUGUGGUGCCGACAUUGAGUGCCCUACAGUCAGUCACAGAACAGCGUUGCUCGACGCCAUUGCAUAUAAUCGUCUUCCUACGGUCAAGGCCCUCCUGGAGCUAGGGGCAGAUCUCAAUGCUGUUGACUCGGACGGACGAACUGUGCUACAUCUUACUGCAAGUUUUGCCUGCCUGGAGAUUAUCCAGGAGUUGUCCUCCGCAGUGAUGCGUUCGGGUGCUAAGACACUGAGUGUGUCGGCCAUUAAUUCAGAAGGGAAAACUGCAUAUGAAAAUUAUUAUCAUGACAGGAAGCGGCUUUAUUAUGGAGAGAUGAGCGUGGCUGAUGAUGAGGAGCAGGCCUUUUUGCUUCUUGAAAAGAUGUGGGGAACGAAGUUGUAG